AUGGCUAGACGCUACCUUCUCUCGAAACAAUGGAGGGCCUACCAGGCAACUAGCAGAGCCCAUACGCGGACCCGCUUCAUCGUCGUGGAGCAACAAGGUCCGACGUACGGCUCCUCUUACGAUAAGCAACGGCACGAAAAGGGUGAACCUGAAGACUCACCCCAUGGCUGGAAACCUACCUUCUGGAGGGUCGUCGAGGGCAGCGCGACGGCCUUUGGCUCCAUCGCGGUCCUCGGUCUGGCUGGCUACUCCUAUCACGCCUACUACAAGGACCUUGUCCUGCGAAAGAUGGACAAUGCUUUUGGCGUUGGUUUCUCGACACCAGAGCUGACAGCUCUAGGACGCCACGUGGCUCCUCAUAAGCUCCAUACUAUUGAUGACUUCACGGGCUUGGAGGGUGAGAACGAAUGGAUCCCUCGGGCUGAGCAGGAACACAUUGACGGCAUCAUUGACGGGACCAUCCGAGGUCAGUAUCACUUAAUCACGGGAGAGAAGGGUACGGGGAAGAGCUCAAUGAUCCUCAAGGCGAUGCGCAGGGUCAACGGCUCGGGGAUCGCCAUGCUCGAAGCCCAUAGCGAUCUCGAAGUCUUCCGUCUCCGCCUGGGCAAAGCUCUCGACUUUGAGUUCCACGAGGACUAUAUCGGAAGCUUGUUCAGCUUCAAGGGCCCUCGCGAUUCGACCGCCAUCCUGGACAUUGAAAGAGCCUUCAACAAGAUGGAAAAAGUGGCUCUGAUGCGGCAGAGACACAUCCGGAAGCCGCUCGUCUUGAUCAUUAAUCGCGUCCACGUACUCCGAGACGACGACGACGGACGCGAGCUGCUGGAGUUGAUCCAACAGCGGGCGGAGAUGUGGGCGGCAAGUCGCCUCGUCACUGUGGUGUUCACCAGUGACGACCACAGUACCACUGAGCACCUCAAAUGGCAGGCCACGCGUAUAUCCGUGACAGAUGUCCGCGAUGUGCCCCGCGAUCCUGCUGUUGAAGCACUUCACGAAUUCCGGCAAAAGGUCUUCAAGGAGGAUGUGUCCAGCGAUAUCUUGAACCAAGUCUACAAGUUGGUUGGCGGGCGCGUCAGGUUCCUUGACCACGUUGCGAGAUCAAAAGACAUGCUCGCGGCCUGUAAGUUCAUUUGUGACAGGGAAAAACGCUGGCUCCUAGGCCAGUGCUGGAUGUUGGGCGCCGACAUGGAUCCCGAUGCCGAGGAUCAACAAGACCACGCCACCACGGCGUUCUUACUGGCCAAGGCGUUGAUUGAGAAGGAGAAGGAUAUGAAGCCAGAAGAGCUCCUGGCCGGAAAGCUGCCGGAGAUGCCUCUCCACGAGGCAAGACAUCUCAUGACGAGAUUCGACUUUAUCCAGAAGCAUGACCACUUCAACAUCUUCUCAAUCGAUUCCAAUUCUAUGGUUCGGGCGGACUCUGUGCCGAUGCACAACGCCUUCAAGGAGAUAUGCGCGCAGGAAGGAUUCGAUGAGCUUCUUGAAGCCAGCUUAGAGAGACUCGAUGAGUUGGAGGGUCUUCAGAGGACAAGAGAGAUUGUGAUGAAGGAUUUGGCGAAUGAGGGCCAGUUCCAGGCAAUGGUUCGCCAGGUCAAAGCGGGAGGAGAUGGCUUGACGUUCACCGUCAAGGCUGCAUCACCCAAAGAGUAG